AUGGCUUCAACUCUCCCAACAUGCUUCGCAUUGUCAUUUCUCUCUUCUAAAGGGAGCCGAGGUUCGAGUCCUCGGUGUGAAACUGUGAUGAGCUGCAGUUCUCAGGCAUAUUAUCCUCAAAUCAUCCCUAGAAUCCAGCAGCUAGGGUUAUUGACUACUUCUGUCGUUAAAAAGGCAAGGUAUGUCGACUACUGUGUGAGGUAUGUGUUUGUAGUCAUUUUUCAGUUGAGGGGGGACUACUCACCUGUAAAGCACAUGGAGAAUAUAGUAAGGUUGAAGAAUAUUCUGGUACAAGUAAAUGGCCCAUGGGAGUCCAUGUUGACAGUUGAUUACCUGCAAAAGCUAGGAAUUGACUAUCACUUUAAGGAGGAAAUUAAGUUAAUGUUGGAAUGUUUGUAUGAAAAUAUGUCUGGUAAUGAGCACGAACAAGUUAUCACUGAUUUAUUUGAGACUGCUCUGUCCUUCCGUUUGCUAAGACAAGCUGGGCACCCAAUAUGUUCUGAUGUCUUAACCAAGUUCACAGACAAGAAGGGAAGAUUUAAAUCAUCACUAAGAGGAGAUGUUCAAGGACUAUUGAGCUUAUAUGAAGCAUCAUACCUGAACACAGGCGAAGAGAUUCUUGACGUGGCAAAUGAGUUCUCGAGCAUGCAUCUUGCAUGUUGUAUCAAAGAUUUGGAACCCAAUGCUGCAAAGAUGGUUAAGCACACACUACAACAUCCGUGCCACAUGACGAUAUCAAGGUAUAAUACAAGGCAUUAUCUAGACCAUUGCCAUACUGUAUCUGGAAUAAAUAUUGGGAUGUUCGAAGAAGUUGCAAGAAUGGAUUUCAAUCUACUUCAAUCAUUACACCAGAAAGAACUAAUACAGAUAUUAAGUUGGUGGAAAAGCACGGGUUUGUCAAAACAUCUAAAGUUCGUACGAAAACAACCUUUGAAAUGGUACAUUACGUCCAUGACAGUUCUCCAUGAUCCAGAAUUCUCCAAAUGCAGAAUUGAGAUGACAAAAGUUAUCGCGUUUAUAUACAUUAUUGAUGAUAUCUUUGAUAUCCAUGGCUCUCCAGAUGAACUUAACCUUUUCCUUGAUGCUAUAAGCAAAUGGGAACUCUCAGCAGUAGACAUACUUCCUACCUACAUGAAGUGUUGUUACAUAGCCUUGUACGACAUCACUAAUGAAAUUGCCCAAUCCGUACUCAAGGAACAAGGAUGGAACCCUAUCAACUCUCUUAAAAAAGCGUGGACAAGGUUAUGUAAUGCAUUUCUGUUGGAAUCAAGGUGGCUACAAUCAAAUCAACUUCCAAAAUCUGAUGAGUACCUCAAAAAUGCCAUUGUGAGUUCAGGAGUACAUGCAGUCUUGAUGCAUGCAUUUUUCCUUUUAGGACAAGGGAUUACAAAGGAAAACGUGAGUCUUUUAGAGAGGAAUCCAACCCUCCUCUCUUGUCCUGCAACAAUUCUUCGGCUUAGGGAUGAUCUUGGAAGUGCUAAGGACGAACAUCAAGAUGGCUUUGAUGGCUCAUAUGUUGAAUGUUAUAUGAAAGAAUAUCCUGAGUGUUCUACUCAAGAUGCAAGAGAUUAUGUCAAGCAAAUGAUCGCUAAUACGUGGCGAUGCUUCAAUAAGGAAUGCUUCUCACAAAACCCUUUUGCUCCAAAUCUUGUGACUGCAUGCCUAAAUAUUGCUCGCAUGGUCGAAGUAAUGUAUAGUUAUGACGAAAAUGGAAAUAUUCCUAGUCUUGAAGAUUACAUUAGAGUACUGCUUUACAAAAGCAUAUAG